AUGUCGUUGUUACACUUCGGAUUAUUUCUGUCACUUUUAAGUGCUUCUUAUAGCCAAGUUCAACCUGUGAACGGCAAGAUCAGGGUGCAAAUCGGCGGAACAGCCGGAUGUCCGUUUGUGGCUAGAUAUAUAACGGAGAGUGUCGGACCAGUUUUCGCCAAGUAUGGUCAAUUUUUGGACAUCGAAUUCGUACCAUGGGGGAAGACUAGAAGAACUGAAAACGGCGAACUAGAAUGUCAGUUUGGAAAGCGCGACUGCUGGGCGAACCGUUUACACCGAUGUGCCAUCGACUUAUUGAAGGAUGACCCGGCAGCGAUGGUGCGAUACAUGGUCUGCGAGUUUACAACUCCCAAGCCGGGAUAUAACGGGAGUUACCAAUGCGCUAGAGAUGUUGGUCUGCGUCUUAUCGAAGUUGACAACUGUAUGGCAACAGAAGCAGGAGAUCGACUGGCGGUAGCAGCCGAGUCCGCUGCCACCGAGGCGAUAAAUACAUUCGGAUCCAUUCCCUACACGGUGAUAAAUGGCAUAGUGAAUAGAGACGUUUCGGUACAAGCGAGAGAGAGGCUGGAGAGCGUGAUUUGUUUCGCCCUGGCUGACGACCCUAACUCAGGGAUAAAAGCUUGUAAAAUUUAA